CAUUGGAUCGCCGAAGAAUCAAUCAUCACUCCUAUUAUCACAAACGGCUUUGUUUGAAUACCAGUUUUCUCGAGCCGGAUCUUGCGCAACUCGGUGACAUUUCCAACCUUCUCCACUCCACCUCACUCUCGACCCCGUACAUUACCUCCGACGUAUCAGUACCGAUGGCCGGAAUGGCCCGACACGGCUCAGUCGGUGCCUUCAACGGGUUCUCCGUGUGCCAGCCGGCACUCGGAGCCGCCCUGCAGUGGCUCCCCGCGAUUGGCACCCCGGAGCUCGACGAGAUGAUCAACGCGCUCCUCCCUGGCCCUGCUUCUAUCCAGGACAAGCGCGCUCACAUCUCGAUGGACUUUUUUGAGUACUCCCGCCAGACCGGAGAGACAUUCAAGUUCUACCCUGUUCCUCUGGGAACCUUCACCCCUGUGACGGCCUCGCCGGCGACCUCCACCCUUCACGACUCGGGCUACGCGUCGAGCUUCAACCAUUCUCCCGCACUCUCGGAGCAGGGGGGUUCCUGGACACAAUCCCCCGCACCAUUUGCCCCGGCGGUCUUCGACGCAAAGACCAAGCCACGGUCGUCUGCCUCCAAGAAGUCCAGCGCUUCCAGCUCGCGGCAGCAGAAAAUUGACUUUGCGAAUCACCCCGGCAUGCGUAUCCUGACCAAGGAUGGCCGGGAUGUCACCAACUCUGCGUCUCGAGGCUGCAAGACCAAGGAGCAGCGGGACCACGCCCACCUGAUGCGGAUCAUCAAGGCGUGCGAUUCGUGCAAGAGGAAGAAGGUCCGCUGCGACCCAAGCCACAGGAAGCGCAACGCCUCGCAAGCUUCCACGGUGCAGCCUGAGCAGAAGCCUGCCAAGAGGGUAAAGAAGGCAGAAGAGCCGAACCAAGCGGCAGCCUUGGACCCCCCGAUCGACUUGACUGCUGCAGAGCCUCUCACAGCCGAGAACCUCCCUUUCCCAACCGUCGACCUCGGCUUUCCUCCAGAGUCGGAGGACUUUUGGAACGAGUUCAUCACCCUUGACCAGGAGCCAGUCGCAGCUGCUCCUGUACCUGCGCUUGAUGACUUCAUCUUUGAUUCAUUCACCGACUUUCAGAGCUUCUUGUCCCCGAGCUCUGGUUCAUCCGCAACUUCGCCCUCCCAAGUUCUCACCCCAGUCACGCCAGAACGGGCUGUCGCCUCGCCGAUUGUCGCACCCGACCACUCCAUCAAGGUCUCCGGGGAAGCCUCGCCUCAAGAUCCGGCCGUUCCAUACCUUAAUCCGGGCGUUGCUCUUGGCACCAACUACCUCGACUUCAACCUGUAUUCGCCGGGCCCUGACGCGUAUGACGAAGACCCUGUUCUCCAGAUGCGGGAUCUCGGCAGCCAACAACACUCUCCACAAUCGACUGCCUCCGCUGCUGACAACUUCCUCGACCAUAAUGCACCUAGCGUCUCUGCAACGCAUGUUGACGUGAGCGCCCAGUCGCAAACAUCCGCCAGCCAACCGUACGGCGCAGCGGGUCACGCCACCGUCUCGCCGCUUGACCUUGCCCGGUAUUACGAUCCUGGAGACACGCGCCAUCAUGAUCCACAACCCAGCACCCCUCGGGUAUCCACGAAUCGGAAGACGAUGACCAAUCACAGCAGGCUACUACAAGAACCUGUUGUCGAUCAUGGCUGCUACAGGCGCGUUGAUGCCAAUGAAUCGGGCGUCAUUGCUGCUACUUCCGCCCAGUCUCCGGUUGCUCACGCUUCGUCACCGGCUGUCCUUAGCAGCUAUGCCAGCGCUGUGGCUGCCAACGCCCCGCAGCCGUCGGUUAGUCCGAGCAGGGACCCUAGAUCCAGGGUAAUAUGUGUUUCGGCACCUUGCGGCGGAUCGCACUCAUCAGUCCGCUCACGUGCUCCAACCAAGGCAACUCAAUCCGACGUGUUAGUUUCUGGCGCAUAUGCUAAGUCAUCAGCGCCAAUUGCUACUCGUCAUGGCGGAUCGCCACUAUGUUCAACGGAGGCCGCAUUCUCAGCAGCGGCCGGUGUACCGUCUCAACACACGUCUGCUGGCGUCGCCGUCCGUGCCGUCAUGCCAAGUGGCGCACGCUGCUCGGCGUCCAGUCAACGGCUGGCCGGCCGUCAACCCGGAUUGUCCGCCGUUCUUGAUGGGCAGCAUGUCACGCAGCAGCAAGACGCUGUUGCCGUCAUCAAUGCCGUUCGGGCAACCAUGCUGCUCUCGACCCUGCCGACGCGGUGCAACGUUGCUGGAAAGGAUGUGACUGUCACCACAUCCUGCUUCCAGCUUGCCGUGUUCGGUCUUGUCUCCUUCCUCUGCGCCUGCGCCUUGCAAGCGCACCUGGCACGUCAAGUCAGCCUCGUCAACAUCCUUGCCAUUACAACAUUAUCACUGGCCCGGCUGGCACCUCGGUGCUCCGGGCUGCCGGGCGCGGCACGGGCCGCCUCGAACACCUUGCCGCCACCAGCGCAGCCUGGCGUCGUGGACAAUUUCUUGUCCAUGAUCCAGCCUGUGGUCACCGGGAGCUCCAAAGACCAACGGUCUGCGCUCUCGCGAUGGGCCAGGGGCAUCUUGCCUCGCCCACCGUUGGUGAGGACAUUGAGGGUGUAAACCCCCGGUGUGUGUGCGCAUGCGUGUUUUGAUAUGACUUGUAAUGGUUUCCUGUUUUGUUGCAAGCGAGUGCAUUUUGACUAUGAUACCCCCGGGUCGG